AUGCGUCCAAACGGCCCUCGAGACCCCGUCGCAGGCCCCGACGCAGGUCCCGAAGCACCAUAUCCCAUCCGCCUCUCGGGCCCAGUCAUCAAGGGUUUCGGACGAGGGAGUAAAGAACUCGGUAUCCCAACCGCAAACAUCCCAUCAGAUGGUCUGGCGGCCUAUCCCUCCCUCCAGACGGGGGUAUACUACGGCGUCGUGGCUCUUGACCCGGCGCAAUUCGUGUACAACAAGAUCGAGCCGUCAACUUCAACUUCAACUUCUACCCCCACCUCGGCUUCGGCAGAAGGAAAGAAGGAAGAGAUUACGAUCCUGCCCGCUGUGCUGAGCAUAGGUUACAACCCAUUCUAUAAGAAUGAGGUUAAAUCCAUUGAAAUCCAUAUAAUGCCCCCCCUCUCCUCCCCCAGCCCAACCUCAACCUCGCCUACAACAACAACAACAGAAUCGGAGACGAAAUUCUUCAAACUCCCUGACUUUUAUUCAACGCACCUCAAUCUCCUGAUUCUGGGGUAUAUUCGUCCUGAAUUCGACUACGUAUCGCGUGAAGCGCUCGUGGAGGAUAUCAGGAUUGAUUGUGAGGUUGCGAGGAGUAGUCUUAUGAGGAGCGGGUAUGUGAGUUAUUUGGCUGAUCAGAGCCAGGCUGGUGAAGAGGAAGGGGAUAGGGAGGACGUGAGGAAGGAGAGGGAGUGGUUGAGGAGUUUCGGGGGCAGUUCUGUGCUUUAA